CUUUUUCAUUUCACCCCUUCUCUUUCACUCUCUCCUGUCUCCCUCUCCUCUCUCUACCAUCCCACCACCCGACUGCCCCACCCCUCCUUGUUAGCACUUGCCGCAGCCACCGUCGUUUGACCAGCAAGCGUCGCUACCAAACGCCGACGCUGUUUCCGACCAGCAACCGUGGCCACCGAAUCUGAUGGAAUCUCGUAGUAGGAUGUACGAUAGAACUAAUCCUGGUCGAUUUGGGUUGAAGAAUGAAUUUGUAGCCGGCGUUUAUGAUUUUGUUGACUAUGCUAAAACACUUGAAGAUUUUACAAUUCAUGGUGUGGUUAGGCGUCCUUGUUCUAAAUGUGAAUGUAUGAAAUUCAAGACCCUAGAGAUUGUUAGGCGACAUCUAAUGGAAAAAGGUUUUAAAAGUAAUUAUACAGUUUGGACUAGUCAUGGAGAAACGCGUAACAAUUUGGGUGGAUUUCAGAACUUUGUUGUGGGUGAAAGUAGUAGGAUGGUAGAACCUACUGUCCAAAAUUCUAGAAUGCACGACAUGGUUCAGGAUGGUUAUGGCAUGCAUUGGGGCUUUGAAUCAAGUGGCCAUGUUGAAGAACCUCCCAAUAAAGAGGCCAGCCGUUUUUAUAAAAAGUUAAAAAAAGCUAGUCGGCCUUACAUGAUGGUUCUACCCACUCUCAAUUAUCUGUCGCUGUUAGAUUAUUGAGUAUCAAAGCAGAUAACAAUGUUCCCCAAAGGGCAAUGGAUUCUGUGAUUGACCUUAUGCAUGAAUUGGUUGACCCGACUCUAGAGAUACCCAAUAAUUACUAUAAGGCAAAGAAAUUGGUAUCUAAGUUGGGACUCUCGUCGGUGAGAAUUGAUUGCUGUGAAAAUGGCUGCAUGUUAUACUAUAAUGAUGACGUCGAUCUAGAAUCUUGUAAGUUUUGUGAUAGUGAACGGUUUAGGGAUACACGUAGCGGGAAGAGAGUGGUUGUUAAGGCAAUGCAUUAUUUACCUCUAAUACCAAGGUUAAAGAGGUUGUAUGCAUCUAAUAGCUCUACUCCUCAUAUGAGAUGGCACAGUGAAAAUAGAAGGCCACCGGGUGUUAUGUGUCAUCCAUCGGAUGGUGAGGCCUGGAAGCAUUUUGAUAGAACCUAUCCAGACUUUGCAGCUGAACCACGUAACGUUAGGUUGGGUUUAUGUUCUGACGGAUUCACUCCGCAUUCUGUCUCUGCUACUCCAUAUUCUUGUUGGCCUGUGUUUAUAACACCGUAUAAUCUUCCCCUAGAGAUGUGUAUGACUAGUCCAUAUAUAUUCCUUAAUUGCAUUAUUCCUGGCCCGCGUAAUCCCAAAGUCUUGAUUGAUGUGUACUUGCAACCUUUGGUUGAUGAGCUGAAACAGUUGUGGGUUGAAGGGGUUGAGACAUAUGACAUUUCGUGUAAGCAGAAUUUUAAUUUGAGGGCCGCUUUAAUGUGGACUAUUAAUGAUUUUCCUGCGUAUGAGAUGUUGUCUGGGUGGAUGACAGCCGGAAAGUUAGCGUGUCCUCACUGCAUGGAAAAUACUAAGUCCUUCACUUUAAAAAAUGGCAAAAAAAUUCAUGGUUUGAUUGCCACCGUCGGUUCUUGCCGAUGGAUCAUCCCUUUAGGAGAAUGAAAAAUGCAUUCAAGAAUAACACAAUUGAACAAGAUUGUCCACCUCCAAUACUGUCUGGUGAGAAUAUUUGGGAGAGGGUUCAACACCUCCCAAAAGUUACCGAAGAAGAACCGUACAGAUUCGAUGGGUAUGGAGUUUACCAUAAUUGGACAAAGCAGAGCAUAUUUUGGGAGUUUUCAUAUUGGAAGGAUAAUCUUCUACGCCAUAAUCUUGAUGUUAUGCACAUUGAAAAAAAUUACUUUGAUAAUUUGUUUAACACAGUGAUGGAUGUGAAGGACAAGACGAAAGAUAAUGUUAAGACUAGAAUGGACUUGAUUGAGUAUUGUGGACGAAAAGAGUUAUGGUUACAACCUAAACAGGACAGGUUCUUCAAGCCUAAGGCUAGCUAUUCUUUCACAAUGGAGCAGAAGCGAAAGAUUUGUGAGUGGCUCCAGAACUUGAACAUGCCCGAUGGCCAUGCAUCAAAUUUUGGAUCACGUGUUGAUAUGGAGCAAGGCAGGAUACACGGGAUGAAAAGUCAUGACUGUCACAUUUUCAUGGAAACUUUACUCCCUAUUGCAUUUAGUGGCUUGCCUGAACGAAUCUGGAAACCUAUGUCAUAAAUUAGUUUAUUCUUCAAAGACUUGUGUUCCAGCACGUUAAGGGAGGAUAACCUUUGUCGGAUGCAUCAGAAUAUUCCUGUUAUCACAAACAAGUUGGAGAAAAUUCUUCCACCGGGGUUCUUUGAUAUGAUGGAACAUCUUCCAAUUUACCUUGCAUACGAAGCCCAACUCGGAGGCCCAGUUCAAUAUAGGUGGAUGUAUCCCUUCGAGAGGUCUAUUGGUAAGUUGAAAACGGCUAUCAAGCAAAAAUCGAAAGUGGAAGGCUCAAUGGGCGAAGUUUAUCUUGCCAAGGAAACAUCCCAUUUCUGUUCUUACUACUUUCAUAACGAUGUGCCUUGUUUGAGAAACAGGCCUAAUCGACACUAUGAUGGAGGUGUGAAUAACUCUUUGUUGAAGCCGAUAUCGAUCUUCAAUCGACCAGGUGAUGGGUCCAAAAAACGUGAGAGACCAUUGAAUCAAAUGGAGUAUAAAUCAGCUUCGACACAUAUCUUGUUAAAUUGCCCAGAAGUUCAACCUUAUUAUGAUCUCUUUGUGGAAAUACAUGGCCAAGAAACAGUGUCCGACCAAUUUGGGACUUGGUUUAACAAUUAUGUUUACAACAAUCCGUGUGGUUUUCAUGAACAAUUUUUUAUGGACUUAUCUUGGGGACCAACUAGUGUUCAUUGUAUGGACAAAUAUGUUGUUAAUGGUUUCAAAUUUAAUACCCGAGAGUGUGCUAACCACAUGAAAACUAAUAACAAUGGUGUGUGGGUUAAAGGUGCUGAUGGUGUUGAUUAUUUUGGUGUAAUUGAAGAGAUCUUAGAGUUAGAUUAUUCUGGUUGGCCUCUCAAAAAGAUUGUUCUUUUCCUAAGUAACUGGUUUGAUCCAACCCCAAAAAGAGGUACGAGGGUACUGGAGGAGUGCAAUAUAAUUGAAGUAAAGCACAAGCGGAGGUGACAAAAAGGGUAAGGCUAUUGCGAAAGCCCCAAAAAAGUCAAAAAAGAAGGGUUUGUAUAUACCACCAGAAGGCAUAGAGCCAGGUCCCCUUCGGAUUGGAGCUAGAGAUCCUGCACCUUGCCUUCCGCCACUUUUCUCUCCGAUGUCAGGUGUUGCAGAUGGGUUGUCAUGGAGUUAGUAGACUGGCCAUGUCGCAAUGCCACCAUAUUUUUGGCCUCAGGGCCAGACAGAGCCACAUGCACGACGAUCUCCGUCCCCUAUCACACCUUUGACGAUCCCACAUGGCCUCCCUGAGUUUUAUCAUAUGUCACAGCGAGCGGCUAGGAGUGGUACUCCGACAGUUACUCCUAGCCCGACUGUGUCACAACAAUCGACAUCAUCUACUCCACAUGUUGGGACGUCGGAGCGUGAAGAAAGUAGCUCUGAUUCUGACGAAGAACGUCCCAAAAAAGGAGACCCUCCACAGGUUUUGAAUUUUGAUAUGACAGGUCGUCUCAUAAUCGAGCCAGUUGGAUACACCUUCUAUCCAGGCAAAGCAACUAAGAGGAUUUCAAAGACGAUCAAAGGACUCUAUAGAGGCGUCGUUCCGUCUUGGGGCAAGGUGCCAGUGAAACUGAAGAAGCAGAUGUUUCUCGAGUUUAGGCCUGAUUGGAUCCAAGAUGAAUGGUGGAAGGAGCUGCUACACUACUGGGCAAAUGAUCUGACUUUUUUGAAACGAAGUGAAAAUGGGAAGGCUGCUAGAGCCUCAGUGAAGGGUGGAUCGCUGCACAUUAGUGGCGCCACGAGUCAAGUGGACUUGAUGAAGCGGCUGGAGCUCUGGAGGGGUCAGGCGGUACCUCAGGAUGAGAUCUUCAAGAUUACUCACAUGAGGAAGGAGAAGAAUGCUGAUGGUACAGACCGAUGGGUUGAGCCAAGGGCUGAGCGAACUUGGAAUGAAUUUCAACAACACUUUGGGGAGUUUCGAGCCACUCAGCCAAGUACCACGCAGAUGACCGACGAGUUAAUACAGCAACAAGGGAUUGAGAAGGUUGCUCCCCCAACAAGGCACGGGACAAUUUAUGGGAUGCCUAAUCGAGCCUUUCGUCGAUACUCGUCGGCCCUUGAAGCCGUAGGUGUUACUGAUGAUGGGACAGUUGAUCCUAAGGAGUAUGAGCCAUGAAGCAGCAAGUUGACCUGCUAACAAGAACACUUAAUUCCACGGAGGCCAGGAUGUUGGGUAUGCAAGCCCAGAUUAAUAGCUUACUUAAUUCGCGGCAGUUUUCGAUUCCCCCGUGUCCUGGGGAUGCUCGUAGGUCAUAGCCUCCUAGCCAACCCCGACCUUCCCAAGGUAGACGACGUUGGUCACAAGCUGACAUAAAUCAUGCUCUUGUCGACGAGUCUAGUGGGGAGGAUACGGAUCAUGUCUCUAACACCGAACAUUGACUUUUUUGAUUAAUGUGCUUUUGGAUUCUAAUUCUGCUAUGUUUAAAUGGAUAUGUAUAGGAAUGUAGUUUUAGUUUGAACUAGAAGUACUUUUAAUUUUAAGAUGUUUAAGUGUUUGAACG